UAGGGUAUAUCUUCAGUAUCAUACAUCAAUGCAAGUUAUAUGUGGAGCAAUGCUUGGAGUUGUAUUUGCAGUUGUUUGGUUUACGAUAACUCAGUUUUUUUUAACUCCUUUGUAUCCUGUCAUUACAUCCUGGCCUAUUUGUGAAUUGUUAAUGAUUAGAGAUUCAACUUUGAUUCCAAAUGUUAUGUGGUUUGAAUAUACAUCACAUCGAACAGAGUCAAGGACAAGACAACGAAAAUUAGCUUCUAUGAAAGCUCAGUAAGAAAAUGAAUCAGUAAAUUCAUAUUUCUUUUAUGAGGUUGUUAGAAAGUUCAUCUUAAUUGGAAAAAUAUUAAAGUUCUGAAAUAUAAUUGCCAAUUUCUA